CCCCCUGAUGUCAUCUGAAACCCGCAUCUUCUUCCUGGGAUUGGACUUUUUCUGCGCAUUCCUGCCCUUUUUUCCAGGAUUCCUCAUUCUGCGGCUCCGCGAUUCAGUGACGCGCAAAUGGAAAGUUUGCGACGGUUUUGAGACGCACAGAAGCUGAUCCAACUCCGCGCUUUGGGUUUAUUUAGAAAGUCGCUUUUCCACGCGGAGUUUGCAGAUCGCUCAGGGGGUUUGCAUGAAGUUUUGGAGAUGUCUGUGAAGUCUUUAGACGCCGUGAAGAGGAAGAUCCAGAGUCUGCAGCAGCAGGCGGAUGAUGCGCAGGACAGGGCGCAGUUUCUGCAGACGCAACUGGACAAUGAACGAGACCUGCGGGACAAAGCGGAAGGAGACGUGGCCGCUCUGAACCGCAGGAUCCAGCUGGUGGAGGAGGAACUGGACCGAGCUCAGGAGAGACUGGCCACCGCGCUCCAGAAACUAGAGGAGGCAGAGAAAGCGGCGGAUGAGAGCGAGAGGGGAAUAAAGGUGAUUGAGAAUCGUGCGAUAAAAGAUGAGGAGAAAAUGGAAAUUCAGGAAAUACAGCUCAAAGAAGCCCAACACAUCGCUGAGGAGGCCGACCGCAAAUAUGAAGAGGUCGCUCGGAAGCUGGUGAUUCUGGAGACUGAACUGGAAAGAGCAGAAGAGAGAGCAGAGAUUGCAGAACUUAAAGGAGGAGACCUGGAGGAAGAACUGAAAAACGUAACCAACAACCUCAAGUCUUUAGAAGCUCAAUCAGAUAAGUAUUCAGAGAAAGAGGAUAAGUAUGAAGAGGAGAUCAAAGUUCUCUCUGAUAGACUGAAAGAGGCCGAGACUCGUGCUGAGUUUGCAGAAAGGAGUGUGAACAAGCUGGAAAAGACCAUCGAUGAACUCGAAGAGGAUGUGGCUGAGGCAAAACAGCAGAACCUGGAGAUGCAUCAAGUCCUGGAUCAAACACUUCAGGAGCUCAAUAACUUGUGAGCUAACAAGAAGAAAUCCAUGAAGAACAUGCCAGAAUUUCUUAUUCAUUCCAGCAGUGUUUUAUGUUUAGCUUUUCAUGUUUUGUAUGUUGUAAGUUAUGUUAUUUCCAUCAAUUAUAUUCUAUAUUUUGGUUUGCAAUUUUCUGAUUAUUUCCUAAUGCACCUAUUAGUUCAUUGUUGUUUCCAUUUGUCCCAUUAAAAUACAUCUUCUGACACCAUAUGUGGUAAAAAACAAACAAAAAAUGCCUUUAAUGAGUAUGUUUUUGGACUUAAAAAUAAUGACUCAUCACUGCAUGUAAUAAUGUUUCCCUUUUUCAUUUUUUUUUUUAUAUUUGUCUUGGUGCUUUUUUAUUUAUUUCUUUUGAAUGAACAUAAAGUGACAUUUUUAUAGUGAUGUUAGGGAGAUGUAUGCAAAUGUUUCAAAAAACAAAGUUGUAAAGGCGUUAUGUAUUGGAACACAGAUUUCUUGGACUAUAUUUGGCAUUAAGGAGUCUUUAUUAGUUUGUCAUUUAUGGGACCACUUUUCCCCUUGAUGCUGCAACGGCUAUUUUCACUGUGGUUUGAUGUUUUUUUAUACCAGGAAAAGUAAGGAAUAAUUAUCUUAUUAAAGAUGAUGAAGCCUC